UUCUCUACUCUAACCCUAGUCGAAGCUAUAUAUAUCUCUCUCUAUUCUGCUACAUGCAUUAGACAUUAUUCACUUUACCACAAAAUUUUUCUGUUUGUUCUUCGAAAAUAAGAAGAGAAUUGCAUUAAUAUCGGUCUCUCUCUGAAAUUAAUUACUUCUGGUUUCUGCUCUUGCAUUUUUUAAAGAGAAUUCAAUUGAAUUCUGAAUGUUUGUGAAUAACUUAAAGAAAUUGAAAUGGAGGAGCGGAGAUUCAGAAUAGGCUAUGCUUUGGCACCGAAGAAGCGGAAGAGUUUCAUUCAAGAUUCGUUAGUUAGCCUUGCGAAAUCACGCGGCAUCGAUUUAAUCAAGAUCGACACCGAACGUCCGCUAGUGGAUCAGGGACCGUUCGAUUGUGUGCUACACAAAUUGUACGGUGAAGAUUGGAAGAAGCAGCUUCAACAAUUCCACGUUCAGAACCCUAAUGCGGUUAUCAUUGAUUCUCCUGGGGCAAUUGAACGGUUACAUAACCGAAUUUCGAUGUUGCAGGUUGUUUCGGAACUCAAGACUGAGAAUCAGUCUGAAACCUUCGGGAUUCCGAAGCAGAUUGUAAUUUACGACAAGGAAACGCUCUUUGAUCGACAGACCUGGGAGAUGUUGAAGUUUCCGGUUAUAGCGAAGCCUUUAGUAGCGGACGGGAGUGCAAAAUCGCAUAAAAUGGCUUUGAUUUUUAACCAGGAUGGCUUUAAUAGGUUAAAGCCACCAAGUGUUCUUCAAGAAUUCGUUAAUCAUGGAGGAGUUAUUUUCAAGAUUUAUGUUGUAGGUGAUUACGUGAAAUGUGUGAAAAGGAAGUCGUUACCUGACUACUCCGAAGAGAAACUGAAGGGUCUCGAAGGUUCUUUGUCGUUUUCCCAGGUUUCAAACUUGGCUACCAAUGAGAAAAUUGAUGAGAACUACUACGAGAUGAUGCAUCUUGAAGACACUCAGUUGCCUCCUCAGAGUUUUAUAACUGAUAUAGCUAGGGGUUUGAGAAAGGCCAUGAAAUUGAAUCUCUUUAAUUUUGAUGUUAUUAGAGAUACAAGAAUUGGGAAUCGUUAUCUUAUCAUAGAUAUUAAUUACUUUCCUGGUUAUGCCAAAAUGCCUUGUUAUGAGAAGGUAUUGACUGAUUUCUUUUGGAAUGUAGUCAGUAGGACUGACAGAGUGGUUUUUGAAGGAACAAGUGAGCAGAAAGUAAGGAACGUUCUUAGCAAAGAAGAGGCCAAGAUGGGAAGGGAUACCUGCUGCAAUGAAGGGGAGGAAGUAAAAGAACAGUGAGAAUUCCACUUGACAAAUAUUUAGCAAAUACCUGAGAACAGUGUCUGGCUCGCCGGUUCAUAGGUUUGGUGAUUUGGGUUAAUUGAAAUUGUGUUAAAAAUUUGGACCCUUUUUGCUGAAUUUCGAACUCGGGCACCUUGCAUAUUUCUCUUUUAGGUAGCAGUUAGUUGGUUGGUACAGUGGUGAAUAAGUAGCUUGGUUGGUUCUUGGCGGUAGUUUUAGCCUCCUGACAACAAUACAUGGUGUUUUGGUGUUUGAUCAUGUAUAUUCGAUCCUCCAUUACUCUGGACAUAGGUACUUCUCAAGAUACUUUGAAAAGUUUUAGGAAAACCAAGUUGUAUUCUGAGGCUUAAGUGCUUUUAGACUUUUUCUAGUUUUGUUCUUUAAUUUGUUCAAGUUUUUAUUCCUUUGCCAUCUUUAGUCAAUGGAUUUUGUCAUUCUGUUGAUGAUAAUUUCAUUUCCUUUUUCUUGC